GGCGCCCACCGCCAAAUGGGUCGCGACACUCGCUCGCGCUCGCGGUCCGCGGGGCGCAGGGGUCGGAGACAGCGGAGCCGCAGCCGCAGCCGCAGCCGCAGCCGCAGCCGCAGCCGCAGCCGCAGCGGGAGCCAUGGACGCAGCAGCCGGCGGCGCCGGGAGCGCGACGGGCGGCGCGAACGCAGGCGGCGCAGCCGGGGGCGCAGGUCAGACUCGGAGGGAGACCGGCGGCGGCGGCGGCGGGGGCAGAGGUCUGGGAGGCGCAGCCGGAGCCCUCGGCCAGCCCGCUGGCACUCACAGGACCAGUCCUCACGGUCUGACUCGGGUGAGGAGCGGGCAUGGGGCUCCUGGGCCAGGCACAGUCGCCGGCGCUCGUGGUCCCCAGCGUCGUCAGCAUCGAGCUCGGAGUCCCCGCGACGCUCCCAGAGCCCGGGGGCGGCUGCCCUGGCCCUGAGCCAGCAGCAGAGCCUGCAGGAGCGGCUGCGGCUGCGUGAGGAGCGGAGGCAGCAGGAGGAGCUGCUCAAGGCCUUCGAGACGCCUGAGGAGAAGCGGGCACGGCGACUGGCCAAGAAGGAAGCCAAGGAGCGCAAGAAGCGCGAGAAGAUGGGCUGGGGUGAGGAGUACAUGGGGUACACCAACACAGACAACCCCUUCGGAGACAACAACCUACUGGGCACCUUCAUCUGGAACAAGGCGCUGGAGAAGAAGGGCAUCAGCCACCUGGAGGAGAAGGAGCUGAAGGAGCGCAACAAGAGGAUCCAGGAGGACAACCGGCUGGAGCUGCAGAAGGUGAAGCAGCUGCGGCUGGAGCGUGAGCGCGAGAAGGCCAUGCGGGAGCAGGAGCUGGAGCUGCUGCAGCGGGAGAAGGAGGCGGAGCACUUCAAGACCUGGGAGGAGCAGGAGGACAGCUUCCACCUGCGGCAGGCCAAGCUGCGCUCCAAGAUCCGCAUCCGAGACGGGCGGGCUAAGCCCAUCGACCUGCUGGCCAAGUACAUCAGUGCAGAGGACGACGACCUGGCCGUGGAGAUGCACGAGCCCUACACCUUCCUCAACGGCCUCACCGUGGCCGACAUGGAGGACCUGCUGGAGGACAUCCAGGUGUACAUGGAGCUGGAGCAGGGCAAGAACGUGGACUUCUGGCGGGACAUGACGACCAUCACAGAGGACGAGAUCGCCAAGCUCCGCAAGCUGGAGGCCUCGGGCAAGGGCCCAGGCGAGCGCCGUGAGGGGGUCAACGCCUCGGUGAGCUCCGAUGUGCAGUCGGUGUUCAAGGGCAAGACGUACAACCAGCUGCAGGUCAUCUUCCAGGGCAUCGAGGGCAAAAUCCGUGCCGGGGGCCCCAACCUGGACAUGGGCUACUGGGAGAGCCUGCUGCAGCAGCUGCGCGCACACAUGGCCAGGGCCAGGCUCCGUGAACGCCACCAGGACGUCCUGCGGCAAAAGCUGUUCAAACUGAAGCAGGAGCAGGGGGUGGAGAGCGAACCCCUGUUCCCCAUCCUCAAGUCCGAGCCCGCGGCCACCCACAGCCCCGAGCCCGAGGAGCCGGCCCCCAGCCCCGGGCCCUCCGGGGAGCCCGCCGAAGCCGAGGGGGCGCCGGCCCCCGGGGAGGCAGGGGUGGCGGAGGCGGAGGCGGAGGCGGAGGGCGAGGCGGUGCUGAUGGAGGAGGACCUGAUCCAGCAGAGCCUGGCCGACUACGACGCCGGCCGCUACAGCCCGCGCCUGCUCUCGGCCCACGAGCUGCCGCUGGACGCGCACGUGCUCGAGCCGCACGAGGACCUGCAGCGCCUGCAGCUGUCCCGACAGCAGCUCCAGGCCACAGGCGACGCGAGCGAGAGCGCCGAGGACAUCUUCUUCCGGCGGGCCCGCGAGGGCAUGGGCCAGGACGAGGCGCAGUUCAGCGUGGAGAUGCCGCUGGGCGGCCGCGCCUACCUGUGGGCCGACAAGUACCGGCCGCGCAAGCCGCGCUUCUUCAACCGCGUGCACACGGGCUUCGAGUGGAACAAGUACAACCAGACGCACUACGACUUCGACAACCCGCCGCCCAAGAUCGUGCAGGGCUACAAGUUCAACAUCUUCUACCCCGACCUCAUCCGCAAGCGCGCCACGCCCGAGUACUUCCUGGAGGCCUGCGCCGACAACCGCGACUUCGCCAUCCUGCGCUUCCACGCCGGGCCGCCCUACGAGGACAUCGCCUUCAAGAUCGUCAGCCGCGAGUGGGAGUACUCGCACCGCCACGGCUUCCGCUGCCAGUUCGCCAACGGCAUCUUCCAGCUGUGGUUCCACUUCAAGCGCUACCGCUACCGCCGGUGACGGUGCGGCGGGGCCGGCCCUGGACAGCUUGGGGGGCGGGGACCAGGCCCGCCCUCUGGACAGGGUUGUGACUGUUUCUCUAGAAAGACUGCUCUGGGAGGGAGGGCACCUUGUUCUGUUUCCACGGACGUGUUCUACGGGGGGACCCCGUGUGGUUUUGAUACGUUUAAUAGAAAGCUUAUUCUAGAA